CCAGGCAAUGUUGGUUCCUCUUUCAAAUUUUUGCUUGGGUUAGAUUUCUUUGCUUUCGCUCUUGCAAUCACGAUGUCAUUCUCCGAUCAAUCAUAUGUACUAUAACCCUCUUUUGUUUCCUAUAGUGACUUUCGGUGAGCAUAGUUUGCCGUCUCAGUUAUUUCACCUUCUCGACCGGGCUUUCCAGUCCGGAAUCUGCUUCUUCCACUCCACUGAGAUUGUUCUAAUUUUUGAUGGGGAUGUAGUUCAAAUGGUAGAACGCUCGCUUUGCAUGCGAGAGGUGCAGGGUUCGAUCCUCUACAUCUGCAGGUUUUUUGAACUCGAAGUACUUCUGAUGGUGGUUCUUCCGGGUAAUGCAAGGUCAGUCCUCUGGUUCAGCUUGCUCCGAAUUUAGCUGUUUCAAAGCUUUGCUUGGGAACCAUGACUUUCGGUGAGCAAAAUUUGCCAUUUCCGUCAUUUCACCUUCUCGACCAAGCUUUCCAUUCCGGAAUCAACUUCUUCGACUCCGCUGAGAUGUAUCCGGUGCCACAACGUGCUGAGACUCAGGGUAGGAGUAAGGAGUAUUUUUGCCGUUGGAUGAGAGAGAGGAAGGAAGAUAUCUCAUAAUCAAAUCUUCUUUGCUUCAAGGGUUAACUCUAAAAAUUUUGUUUGCUGUUUGGUUGUUUUAUCUUGCACUCUUUUGUUUACUCAAGACUAUUAUGCGUCUUUUAGUAUAGUUGCAACUCAUUUGCUUAGCUUUUUAACCGAAAACAUAUAGCACAUGGUUCACAAAUGUGCAUGCAUAAAGAUGUAAAUUGUAUAUAUUGUUUAGAAUGGUUUUGCUAGAAUUUUUGAGAUUCAAUGACUGUAUGGUUUGUCUUGCUAGAAUUAUUGAGAUUCAAUAACUGAAUGUUUUAUCUAAGGUGCACCUUUUUUUUCACUCAUACUCUCUGAAAUUCUGCAGGUAUUAUUAUUUUGUUAUGAAUCUUUCUUUGAAUUCUCAGAAUGUUGAGAAUUGUGAUGCUGUAUUGCUUGCAGAAUUGUUCUGCUUUGAUUUUCAUGAAACAUUUUUAGCAUUGCAAUCUCAGUCAGCUGUAGGUCAUUAUGAAUUUCAGUUUUCUGUAUGACUUAAUUUUCAUCAUUUGUAGUCUGUUCCGUAAAAUAACAAUUCUGUAACAGCACUCAAGAAUUCAUAAUUGCAAUCCAAGUUGGAGGGGAUAAAGAUCGUUGACAAUUGAGUGAGCAUACCAAUAAAUAUGAAUUUUGGGAUUUUUGGGGGCGUUUUGCAGGUCACCUGGUCAACUUUGAUUUUUCUUUUGUUCAACCUGACCCAAUUGUUUUAUGGUGAAUCAUGGUGUUUUUGUAGAUAUGUUCCCAUGUUUGGAGAAAGUCAAUUUGAUCCAACUAAACAGUAUACUUCAAUUGGUGAAGAAGAACAACUUGUUGCCCUUGGUGAAUCUGUUGAUACUGAUCGGGUAUAUUGGACUGAACAAUGAAACUCCAUAUGGAGUCAUGAAGUUUCUACAGGUUGCUGAAAAGUUUCCCCAUAACCUGAAAAUAUUAUCUGUGCAGCUUGUGUGGGUCAUUCUAUCUCCUCUCCAAUUCCUACAACUUAUUCUGCGGAACUUUUGAUUCUGGACUGGCUGAAUGCCGUCAUCGUGAGGGGCAUGCCAUUCAUUUACAUUUGGUUGAAAUGAAUUACGUACCUGCAGCCUGAGUUAUUGGAAUUCCUUUUUAAGGGAAGUACUUUUCAGUUGAUUGGGGUCCAGCAGAUGCUUGGUUGAAACUUUUUAAAGCAUUCUCAGAGAAGUAUUCGGAAGGGAAUCCUGAUACAAUCUGUCUAAUAGCAUGAUAAAAGCAGCUACUAUGGAAUUAUAAACAUGGGUCCUAACACAUACGCCAUUGCAUCUUCUGAUAUGUGGAACAAUGGAGUAUCCUGAUGUUGCAAGAAGAUAUGGAUAUGGUCAUCAUCCUGUAUCUCUUGCAAUUGUGGAGGACUUGUUAUGUGCUCUUCUACUUAUGGCCCUUGAGUUAGCUGUUUUUUUGGUGUCACGGUGCAGCAUUUGUUUUGAACACCCUUUCGUUGCAAGGUCUGAAAUUGGAGCUACCAAGUCAAAAACAGCUUCAGGAGGUUAUAAAUGCAUGCCAGGUUGAGCUCACAACCCAAAAGUAUAGCAGAAGUCAACAGAAUCUUUGCAAGCCACAGCAAGGCCGGCAACAGAGAAAACAGCAACAGCUGCAGCCGCAAAGAUCAAGUCCCUCCUCCCAUUGCUGCUCUCCUUUCCUUUUUAACAUCGGCAUUCAAGUAUAACCUUUUUCUCCUUCAGCACCGCUUCUCAAAGCACUUGCAAUGACAAGUCUCCGGCGAGCGGUUGCUGGAGACUAGUUCACAAUACUGGCACCCCCAAGGAAAAAGAUUUCGGUCACAGAAGGCAAAGGCUGGCGUGAGUAGUUACGCUAGACUUUUAACAUUAAAUUGUUUGGGGGGAUUGAUUUUUUUGGUAUGGAAUGGCUGACGACUCUUCUGAGUGACUAAUCCACAACAGAUACCAGCACAGCAUAGAUAACUUGAACUUUAGACCCACCACCGCCGGCCUCCACUCCCUACUCGGCUACUCCUCUCUCUCGUUCGCUCUUCUACUACACCAACACCAAGCUCUACCUCCCUAUCUCUCCCAGUCCAAAUCAUUGUCAAAAACCCGGCCUCACCACCAUUCUCUCUCUAUUUUUUUUUUAAUUUCAAUUAUAAAUAAAGAGAAUUAGAGAGAAAGAAGAGGGUCCGGAGCCUCUGUCCGGGCCCGCUCGCCACCGCUGCUACUAACAACAUUAUCAUCGUAUUUCGAUCUUUUAGGGUUCAAUUUUUAUAUUCUUUCAAUCUUUAGAAUUGUCUCGAUGUCCAUGAACUCCAAGCCUUGGCUACAUCCGGCUCCGACCUACCGAACCUUAGAGACUCUUUGGGAUACGGAGGAGGAUGCACCUGGUCCCCGAUGCAGUCAUACUCUCACUGCCGUUGCUGCUACCAAGACUACUGGUCCUCGUCUUAUUCUCUUCGGGGGCGCUACUGCUAUUGAGGGCGGAGCUGCCUCCUCUGCUCCCGGCAUCAGAUUGGCUGGCGUCACCAAUUCAGUUCACUCCUAUGAUGUUCUUACCAGAAAAUGGACUAGAAUUAGACCUGCUGGUGAACCGCCUUCUCCUAGGGCUGCACACGCCGCUGCGGCCGUUGGUACAAUGGUGGUCUUUCAGGGCGGCAUAGGUCCUGCUGGUCAUUCGACUGAUGACCUUUAUGUUCUUGAUUUGACUAAUGACAAAUUCAAAUGGCACAGAGUGGUGGUACAAGGACAAGGCCUUGGCCCUCGCUAUGGCCAUGUAAUGGAUUUGGUUGGUCAAAGAUAUCUCGUUACCGUCAGUGGCAAUGAUGGCAAAAGAGUACUCUCUGAUGCUUGGGCUUUGGAUACUGCCCAAAAACCAUAUGCUUGGCAGAGGCUGAGUCCGGAAGGUGAUAGACCUUCUGCUAGAAUGUAUGCUACUGCUAGUGCUCGCUCUGAUGGCAUGUUCUUGCUUUGUGGUGGAAGGGACUCAUCUGGUGCGCCACUGGCAGAUGCAUAUGGGCUGCUCAUGCAUAGGAAUGGUCAAUGGGAGUGGACUCUAGCUCCUGGUGUGUCUCCUUCGCCAAGAUAUCAACAUGCUGCAGUUUUCGUUGGUGCAAGAUUGCAAGUUACAGGAGGUGUUCUUAGAGGGGGACGUUCAGUAGAAGGCGAAGCAACUGUUUCUGUGUUGGACACUGCUGCUGGAGUUUGGUUGGAUAGAAAUGGACUUGUGACUUCCUCACGCUCCAGCAAGGGACAUAGUGAGCAUGAUCCUUCUUUGGAACUUAUGUGUCGCUGCCGUCAUGCAUCUGCAUCUGUUGGAGUUCGCAUAUAUAUUUAUGGUGGUCUCAAAGGAGAUAUUCUGCUGGAUGACUUUUUGGUUGCAGAAAAUUCACCAUUUCAAUCUGACAUGAAUUCUCCUAUAGUAACAUCCGAGAGAUCUCCAACCAUUACUAGUCCCAAAUUUAAUCAAUCUAAUUUAAGUUCUUUUCCAACCAUGACUUCAGAUGGAGCAGAGAUUCCUUCAUCUGGAGGCCUGAGCAGCAUGGACAAAAAUUCCAUGGAGAAACUGAGGGAGGCUUCUGCUGCUGAAGCUGAAGCAGCUAAUGCUGUCUGGCAGGCGGCUCAGGCAGCACCUGCCAAUCCUGCCGAUGAAGCAUCUGUAUCUGAUGAUAAUUCACAAGCUGCUGAAACCAUUUCCGAUGGUAGUGACACUGAGACAGAUGUUCGCCUUCAUCCUAGAGCUGUUGUGGUUGCCAAAGAGGCUGUAGGGAAUCUGGGUGGGAUGGUAAGGCAGUUAUCAUUGGACCAGUUUGAAAAUGAGAGCAGGCGAGUGAUGCCAUCAAAUAGUGACCUGCCAUAUCCUGCUAAAAAGUUCACCAGGCAGAAGUCUCCUCAGGGCUUGCAUAAGAAGAUUAUUUCUACAUUACUUAGGCCUCGAAACUGGAAAGCUCCUGCUUAUAGGAGGUUUUUCUUGGAUUCAUAUGAAGUGGGUGAGCUCUGUUAUGCAGCUGAGCAGAUUUUUAUGCACGAGCCCACAGUUCUGCAGUUGAAAGCUCCCAUUAAAGUUUUUGGUGAUCUGCAUGGACAGUUUGGUGAUUUGAUGCGAUUGUUUGAUGAAUAUGGAUUUCCUUCCACGGCAGGAGACAUAACGUAUAUUGACUAUUUGUUUUUGGGAGAUUAUGUUGAUCGAGGGCAGCACAGCUUGGAAACUAUAACUUUACUCCUUGCUCUAAAGAUUGAGUAUCCUGAGAAUGUUCAUUUGAUACGUGGAAACCAUGAAGCUGCUGACAUUAAUGCGCUGUUUGGUUUUCGUCUGGAAUGCAUUGAGAGAAUGGGAGAGAGUGAUGGCAUAUGGGCAUGGACACGCUUCAACCAACUUUUCAACUGUCUUCCACUUGCAGCGCUUAUUGAAAAGAAAAUCAUCUGUAUGCAUGGUGGCAUAGGAAGAUCUAUACAUUCAGUGGAGCAGAUAGAGAAGCUUGAAAGACCCAUAACUAUGGAUGCUGGAUCUAUAAUUCUGAUGGAUCUUCUAUGGUCUGAUCCAACAGAAAAUGAUAGCAUAGAAGGUUUGAGACCAAAUGCAAGAGGGCCUGGUCUUGUCACUUUUGGGCCUGAUCGAGUAACAGACUUCUGUAAGAAAAAUAAAUUACAGCUUAUUAUUAGGGCGCAUGAAUGUGUGAUGGAUGGAUUUGAGCGGUUUGCUCAGGGGCAAUUAAUUACUUUAUUUUCUGCUACCAAUUAUUGCGGAACUGCAAACAAUGCUGGAGCUAUAUUGGUAGUGGGCAGGGGAUUGGUUGUGGUUCCAAAAUUGAUUCAUCCCUUGCCGCCACCCCUUCGGUCACCUGAGACAUCUCCAGAGCGAGCCAUGGAUGACACAUGGAUGCAGGAGCUUAACAUUCAAAGACCACCAACUCCUACACGUGGUCGCCCACAACCUGACUCUGACCGGAGCUCACUUGCAUAUAUUUGAUACAUCCGACUGAUUUUUGUAACUUAUGAUAUAUCCAAAGUCAAGCAGCAUACUGGCCACCUGCCAGGCAGGAACAAGGUAUCAUGCUGGUGUUGUAUUCUUUGAUAUGUAAGUUGCUGAGCAGAAGCAUUGUUUAGUGUACACAGAGAUUUAGGGUGUCUUUUUAAGUUAUAGCUUUCAGCCAAUGAGUAUAUGUAAAUUUUAGUCUUAAGCAUAGAAUUUUCGUCAUCUGGACAGAUCAUAUAGCAAGGGGAGGGAUUGGUUUGGCGGCCCGUGUAUUGUAAUCUAAAUUCUGAUUGAAAUUUUUUUUUUUUUUCAUUAUAAGUUGAUUAUUUAAUGGUACUAUGUUAUAAUAAUUUUGAAACAGAUUUCUCAAA